UUGUUUGUUUUGUGCAUCCAGGCUGGAACGAGCUUCUUAUCGCCUCAUUCUCGCAUCGCUCAGUCACGGUAAAAGACGGCAUCUUGUUGGCGACGGGGCUCCACGUCCACAGAAGCAGCGCCCACAGUGCUGGAGUGGGCUCCAUCUUUGAUAGAGUCCUGACAGAGCUGGUAUCCAAAAUGAAAGAUAUGCAGAUGGAUAAGACAGAGCUCGGCUGCCUGCGAGCCAUCGUCCUCUUCAACCCAGAUGCAAAAGGUCUUUCAAACCCACCAGAGGUCGAGGGGCUGAGGGAAAAAGUUUACGCCUCAUUGGAAUCAUACACGAAACAGAAAUACCCCGACCAGCCUGGCAGGUUUGCUAAGCUGCUGCUCCGCCUGCCUGCGCUGCGCUCCAUCGGCCUCAAGUGUCUGGAGCAUCUGUUCUUCUUCAAGCUGAUCGGGGACACGCCUAUUGACACCUUCCUGAUGGAGAUGCUGGAGGCGCCGCAUCAGAUCACAUGACACCAGUCCCCCCCAUCCCCCUGUAUAUACUCCCACAUUGUCAGCGAUAUGAAGACGGAAUUUAAAAAGACUUGAUUCAAAUUGUAAAACAGCUUAUUUUGUACCAAGCAAAACAUUGUAAUUAAAAAUUUAAAAAAACGUAUUUUGAGGUCAUGGGGAGGGUGGAGUCUUGGGACGGAGGACGGAGUACAUUGUCAAAAUGAAUUCUAAUAGAAUUGUUAACAGAUUUAUUUUGUAAAUAGAUAAUUUCAGGUGUCCAUUUUAAAAGCAACCCAAUGCAAUUUGAAAAAGAAUCAUAUUUUAUUCAAAGAGGAAUUGUAUAAAAACAGAAACCAUCCAUGCAUUUCUAAAACACAUUUGAGAAUUCUUACAGAAUAAAGUUAUUUAAAAUUUUAUCGGAAA